AAUGAGAAAGUCGUAGAAAAGUGCUUUCACGGGAUCUUUAAAUAUCCUGAGACUAUAAAAAUUAGUCAUAAGCCAACGAUUCAAGUGAGAGUGUUUGGAAAAAGCGUUUUUUCGUGUUUUAUCAAUAUCCAGACUUUGCCUACAAAUAAUAUAGAUAUAUUGGAAGCCUCCUGCGUGCUGAUAGCUUUGAAGAGUCUCAUCAUGGACGCCGCGCAGCUUACGGAGCUGAUGAGCAGCCACGACUUCAUGCAACUGCAACACCAGCUGCACCACAACAACAACAACUACAACACAGACGGCCACAACGGGCUGUCCUCAGAAUCAGCGGAGGGGAGUUCGCGACCCGUGCGACGUGCCACCAGACGCACCUCACAGCUAAGCAAUAACACCUACGACCUGGAGAUGACGGACUCCAGUUCGCAGAGCGACGACACGAGCGGUGGGGGUGGCAGCAGCAACGGCGGAGGCAGCACCACCAACACUGGCCUUCCGGCGGGCGGCUCCUUGGGCGGUCAGGGGGCCGCGGGACGAGGGCGGGGUCAGCAGGCCGGCUCCGGGGGCUGUGCGUCGGCGCUCACCCCCAACAGCGCCAACUCCAGCUCCUCGAACGCGAACUCCAACGCCAACCGACGGCGCAAGGGAACGCUGAACGCGAAGGAGCGGAACAUGCGACGCCUCGAGUCCAACGAACGCGAGCGGAUGCGGAUGCACAGCCUGAACGACGCGUUCCAGUCGCUGCGAGAGGUCAUCCCGCACGUCGAGAUGGAGCGGCGGCUGUCCAAGAUCGAGACGCUUACGCUGGCCAAGAACUACAUCAUCAACCUGACGCACAUAAUACUCUCCAAACGCAACGAAGAGGCGGCGGCCCUGGAGCUCAACUCGGGGGCCGUGGGGGGCGUGCUGCUCUCCAACCUCGCCGCUGAGGGAGGGGGCGCAUCGGGAGCGAAUGGCAUCUCCGCCAGCGCCAGUGCCGCUCCCCUCUGCUUCGAGGACGCCCUCGCCGGCGGAGGCGCCUUCGACUGCGCCCUCCUGGCGACCACCGACGGCAGCCUCCUGAACGCCGCCGUGAACGCCAGCCCCACCAUGCAGAGCCUCCAGCCGCAGGCGAUGCACAUACAGGCGCCGCUGGAGCAGCAGCCGCAGCAGAGCAGCCACCACCCCCACCACCAGCAGGCGAUGCACGGCCACGGCCAGAGCCACAGCCACAACCAGAGCCACAACCACGGCCACUUGGGGCACUCCAUGAUGCAGGCUGCGCAGCAGCAGCCCACGCUCCUCCUGAAUGGCAGUGCGUCAGUGGGCGUGGGCGUGGGAGUGGGAGUAGGCGUGGGAAUCGGGGUGGGAGUGGGCGUGGGCGUGAACAGCAACGCCUCCAGUUUCACCGAUAUCAACGAUAACUUCGACGAACCUUACCGGGAGUUUCUGUAAGCCAGCUUUCGGGCGGGGUUGUGGGAUCGCAGAGAAGUUAUUCCAGAGAAGGGAGCACACACGUGCAAUCCAAAACCAACAAUUAUAUCCUUUUAGGGGAUAUACGAAAAAACGAUAUUUAUGGAUCCAUUGAGUUAUUUAAAUUUCAGAAAAGUUGAAUUACUUAAUAAACAUUUUUGCAAUCAACUUUCUCUGUAAAUAAUUUAUUAUACGCGGAAUCGCAAUAGAAUUCGCUCAACUACUACUUCCAGUUGCAAUUUUUAUGAAAUAAUAUAGGUCGAAAGGAAAUGCUUGCAAUUAUUUAAGGUGUGUGGCUUAUAAGAUUAUCACGUUGGGGCAACGUCUAUGAUUCGUUAAUCCUGAAAAGUAACGGUUAAUUAAUAAUGUUUCUUAUCACGUAUUUAUUUUGACGUUUGCGCCCAACAUUUGUUCUUUUAUCUUCAUUUUCAUAUUCUUGUUUUUAAUUUAUAUUCUGUAUGAUAUGUUUUAUUUAUGUUUUAUCACCCAAUUCUAAUCUAAUCGCUAUUUAUCAAAGUUUGGUCAAAGUUUGUUUAUAACUAUAAUUUUAUUACAUCUAAAACUAGUUAUGCUGGGUCUUUAGGAAUUUUCUAUUUGCCCAAGGAACACAUUUUUGAAUUAAAUAAAAUAACUUUAACUUUUUGAUUUUAAAUUGGCGGAUUGACUAAGUUGGUGGGGUCAAUAUCAGAAAUACCUUUUUAGGUAAAACGUUUAAAUUACUAACUUGAAAUAUCAAAAAAUAUACGUAUACUGUAAGUAAGAAAUCAAAAACCAUUUAAAGAAGCUAAUAUGAAAAUGUAUGCUCUCCAAAUAUUUUUAAGAUUGAUUAAUUAUAACGAAUAUGUUGUAACAUUUCAGAAUGUAUAUAUGUACCUACUUUAAAAUACAUUUAUUCAAAGGAAGGAAAUUACAAAAAACAUAAAAGCGUUAUUUAAAGUUAUUAAAAUAUUUUUAGGGGACUAUACGUAGCUCGAUUGUUUUCAUAUUUUUCACUGUCUCUACAUUUUUUAUUUAGCUUUUUAAACUGCAUGAUACCAUUAUAAUGAUUUUCAAGUUAAAUUUUCUUCCACAGAAGUUUCUAUAAAUUCACAUCAUAAAACAUAUUAAUUUUCAAAAAUUUUGAUAUUCUAUAUUAUAUUUGGUCUUUGAAAGUUUUUUGCAAAUGGAAAGUUGUGAGUUUUAAGAAAAUGCUUUCUUAUUGGAAAUAAUGGCACAUUUGAAUGGCUUCACAAAAAUUGCAUCGCCCAUUAAAACUGUUCAUCAAAAAAACGAUUAUAGUCGAGGCACUCAAAUAUGACAUUUCUUCUUUUUCACAACCCAUAAAAAACAUUUUUUUUGUUCCAGAAAAUUACAUUUCUUUAUACAAAUAUUAAAUAAUAUUUUUUGCAAAAGGAAAACAUUUUGUAGAUUUAGAGAUAAAGUUGUUUGAUCUAAGAAAAAAAUUGCAACCUCAUUGUCAGAUCUGAACUAAGUACAGCUCUAAGCUGUUCUGUGGCGUCUCCAACACGCAUACAUUGGAUCCAUUCAUUUCUAUAAAUAUGUACAUAUAAUUGUCAGCAAAAGCAACAAAAACAAGGAAUCAAUUACCGUUAACUAGCAGUGCUGGCGUCUGAGGAACGACGGUCUAGAAAGUGACGCCCCGAUAAGUUAAUUUACCACCCAUGAUCUUUUUAAUGCACUUGAAACUUACCAUGGGCGUAUGAGUGGGAUAAGGGGAUCGGCGGGGAGAAAGAGCGGGCAGCAAAACAAUUAACACACCGAAACGUUGAAAUUGGCACACUUCCGUUAUGGGUGACCGUACUAAACUCGCGGUGGGCGGGAAAGGGACACCGAUAGUGAUGCUCGGACGGUAAACAGUAAUAAAAUAACGGUGCUCAAUGGGUGGCAGUGUCGGGCUAGAGUGAGAGUGGGUGGUUGUGUGCCUGAGUAAGGGAGGCUGGGGUCUUAGCAAUAAUUAAGUAAGAUAUAGUAUUUGGGGGUGGGUAUCCCCUCUCGGGUGUCGAGUAAAGCUAGUUGAUUAUGUCUGAUUAGUCAGGAUUUCGAAUUUCGGGUUAGUUCGUGAGAAAAAAACCUACACAAUUCUGUUGAAAACAUAUUUCUUGAUAUAAUAUAUAAUCAAUAUUCUAAAAUGUAAUUUUUUUUAUUUGGACCAAAGUGUUGGCUGCAAACGCCAUGUGGUAGCCAAUAGUGUCUAAAAAUCUGAUAAAAUGAUUAUGGGUAAUUCACUUUAUCCGUUUUAAAAAUUCGGUUCUUAUUAUUAAAAACAGGUGAGUUCUUGCGUUUGCAGUACUUUACUAGGCUUUAAAAGACUCUUUCGAAGUUCAAAAAUCCAUUUUUUUUAAUUUCCCGACAGAUAUCAGCCAGAAUAAAAACAAUAAAAAUAAAAUUGAAUACCCUCCGAAAUAGUGGCAAAUAAGUUAACGUGCACCACCUGAAAAUGAUAAAAAAAAAACCCGAAAAUUUAUUUCUGCUUACGCGCCUGCAAAAGAUAUUAUUAAUAAUUUGGUAAAAACAGUGUUAAGCUAACUACCCCUAGGUGUAUAUGUCAAAAAAAAAAAAAAAAAAAAAAAUUAUUACCCUACAUUUUUAUAAAACAUACUUAUUAUUUAUAUUUUGUUAAUACCUAAUGUACAUCAUCAUUUGCUCCCAGCUGUACAUCAAUGGAUAGAUUAAAUCUUUUAAAAGUUAAGGGCCACUUUGAAGAAUUAAACUCAUACAUGUAACUCUAGGUAAAUAGAAGAGGAAAGGUGGUAUGUAGGCUUAGGCACCGAAAGUACUGACUAAGGUCCACAGAGCAAUAUUCAUAAUCGAAAAGUAUUUUCGGUGUCGGAAGAGUCACGAGUUACUCUAGUCAAAUUCUGUUGCGCAAAUUAUAACAACAAAUAUUCGUUACUAAUGGAAACUGCAAUAUAGACGUCUAGCAACCCCUUAGUUGUGUAAUGUAUAAGUUUUCCAACAAAGUCAGUCUAUUAUAAAAAACCCAAAUGCAAGAACGUAAUAAUUAAAAUAUAUAUCCCGAACUGUACAUUAUUAAGGGACAAAUUUAAUGAGCAUUUGUUGGGUACAAGUAAAAAAUUAUAUACAUACAUGUUUAUUAAAUCCAUGUAAAAAUAUGCUAUCUAUUGACUAGCUGUAUA